AGUCUUCGUUGUGGCGGCGUGCAGAUCGCGUCGGAGCUCCAACUCUCUCCUAGCUGUGAGAAAUUCAAUCGAGAAACGUACUCGAAACCUGGUUCUUGAAAUCGGCGAAGUCAAUUUUCUCUGGAAAAAAGUAAAACAUAAUUAUUUAUAAAUAAUUCAACUUUGAAAAGUUUGAGAUAAGUGAGCUACUUGAACAGUAAUUUGUGACUUGUUAACAGUAAAUAACAAUGACUUUCAAAUGUCUAUUGUAGUUUACAGUGGGUUCCACUUUAGCUGUGUCAAAGAAUCAUAUUCCUGGUAAUGACAUAAAUUCCAAUACCGAACUAUAUUACGCUAGGAAAUAAUCACAUCGGAAUUUCAACCAUAUUCUUCCAAAAAAAAUCUUUCGAAUUUAAAGAAAGCGAUAAAGAAUUAUUUUUGUGAUAUUGUUCUGGGAAAAGUGCAUGACUUUCGUGAUCCAGUGAUAUGACAUGUGAACUGAGUCUGGCUCAUUAAACUGAAUUGCCAUUUUUUUGACGGUAUCGCAGAGAAUGUUGGCAUUUCUUAGGAGUUUACUACCGUUGGUAAAGGUAGCUGUGCGUCGACAUUAUCACACAUGUUUCCCGUCAACAUGCCGGCUUUGAAGAGUGAGAUAGAACCGUUUGUCACCCAUGACAGUCACAAACCACUCACCAUUCAAAGAUUCGGAGAAAAUGGCGGAGAGAUGACGUUCCACCUUGUCGGGGAAUAAUGUGAUGGAGGAAUCUACCACAGUUCUGCUCCUUGUGUUCGUUCUAAUUGUCUCAGGAGAUGCUGUAAAUCCAGGUUGUGAGUGCUUGAUAUAUUCGGAAACGUACGGAAAGGAAGUUGGAAUAUUCAGCAGUCCUGAUUAUCCGAAGCCAUACUCUUCUAAUAUUGAUUGCUUGCUCUAUUCAUUCAUCGCCGGCAAAAAUGAAAUCAUCGAGAUUACUUUCAAAGACUUUGAUGUGCACAAGACCCAUCUUGAGUGCGAGUCGGGCCACUACCUCAAGGUGUUCUUGCACGUGGACCGAGCCGAGGUGGACGAGUUCACACCGUGGUCCGGCCUGCUGUGCGGGGGCCUCGCCGACAUCCCUCACGUGCUCUACAGCUCGGGUCCCGGCCUCGUGCUCGAGUUCCACACCGCACCCACGCCACUCCCCUCCAACGCCACCGGGUUCAUCGGCAACUUCCGAUUCAUCGACAGAAGAAUGUUCAAGACUGAGGGAGCCCAGCUGCCAGGGAGUGUGUGCGAUUACAUGUUCAAGAGCGGCGAUCUGCCCGCCUCGAGUGGACACUUCUAUUCGCCUCGCUACCCUUCCAGCUACCCCAAAAACAUUCGAUGUGCCUACACUUUCCAAUCGAGGAGCAAAGAGCGUAUCAGAGUUGUUUUCGAAGAGGUGACACUACAAAAAGGUGAUAUCACAUGCCUGAACAGAGCGGACGUGAUCAAGGUGUUCGACGGGCGAGCGGCGACGGCGCCCGUCAUCCGCGAGGUGUGCAACCAGGUGGCGCAGGUGGAGGUGCUCUCCACGGGCCCGCAUCUCUACAUCGAGUUCCUCGCCGACUCGCAGUGGCCCGGCCAGGGCUUCAACGCCCUCUACGAGUUUCAGCCGGUUAUCAACAACACAAUUGAAACGGGAAGUCCGGGACAAAACGGACCAUCUGUCAGUGCAAGUGCCUCAUCCACAAACUGCAAUCACACAUUGCUGGACAGCAGUGUAGCCAAGUCGGGUACACUGAUCUCGCCGGGCUACCCGGGACCCUACCCUCCGCGCUCUUCCUGCCGCUUCGACUUCCAGGGUCGAGGCAAGCAGAGGGUGCUCGUCACAUUCACCGACUUCUCGCUCUAUCAUCCCACUGAUGAUCCUAAAGAGUGCGACAGCGUGGACGCAGUGAUGAUCUACGUGUAUGUCGAAGGUCGCCUGGAGAAGUCGGAGAGUUUCUGCGGAGAGAGCAUUCCAACUGCAGUGAUGUCCAACGGACCGAAAAUGCGGCUGCAAUUCCACGGCCUCUACUCCGCAGCUCAUGUUCGCGGAUUCAAGGCGACCUAUGUUUUCACCGAAGAUUACGGGAUAAGAUGGGGCCGUCAGCUGCCCGACUACACGUGCGCGUUCGCCCUGAGCAGCAACUCGUCACUGACGGGAGUCGUGCACAGCCCCAACUUCCCCGGCCACUACCCCAGGGACACCGAGUGCCACUACUUCUUUUACGGCGAGCACUUCCAGCGAGUGCGCCUCCAUUUCGUGCACUUUGACGUUGAAGGAAUGCUGCCAUGCGAAGCGAACUCUGCAAGUGAUUACGUGGAGUUCUCAGAUAUGAUGCUGAGAGACGGCAAGUACGCACGCAGCUGCGGCCAGCUGCAGCCGUUCUUCGUGCAGUCAGAGAGUAACUUUUUCCGGGUCACGUUCCGCUCCAACGACCGACUCGACGCGACCGGGUUCAAUGCCAGCUACCGCUUCUUCACCUACGAUCGCAGCUCGGUACAGCUCAAUCAUCCAGCACACACUUCCCUCGCUACUUCUAUCAAUCUUAUCGAUGCCCGGCCAUUACUACUGAUCUCAUUGAUGUUCCUCGUGAGGUGACCAUUGCCCUUUCUUCAUCUCUCAGCAAAUGAAAACUGAUGAUUUGUGAAGGAGUAGGCUAAUCUGGGAGGCACGACAAUUUGUAAAAAAAUCAUCAACGCAAUUUCUGCUAGAAGGAGUCUAGAAUAAGACCAAAAGACAUAUAUGUUUGAACAGAAAAUUUGAAUAAUGUGUCCGCUGAGAUUUAUCAUGUUUAUUUGAAAUGCUGAAACCUGUCAAUUUAUCAUUUUUUAUUGGAAAUUGGUAUGCGAAGCAGAUGAAAAGCUUCUUAAAAUUUUUUUCAUGUCAUUUAUUCAAUUUUCUUUGAUCGUUGUUACGUCAACAUAUUUAUGUCAAUAUAUUUUAUUCCUGCAAUAAUGAUUUCAUGUGAGAUAUUCAGCCUGAAUGCGAUCAGCCAUCAUAUCAAAAGAAUGAUAUAGGUAUUUUCGGAUAAGAAUAAUAUUGAAUGUGGCUCCAAGAAAGAUUGAUUCAAGCAACAAAGGUGAAGUAGAAUUGUUCGAUUUAAAACAUUUUUAGUACAGUACCUCAAAUUAUUGCUAAUCGCAUAUUAUUUAUUAAGUUUGAACUGGGUAAAUGAAUGCUGUAUUUUAUAAGAGAAGAAACAAUGUGAUUUUUUUCGUUGUCUCACCUUAUCACAGUUCUCAUCUUAUACAAUUAUCUAAUAUCACAAUAUACAACAUUAGAUUUCUUCAGCUCUUUGUUCUCUACAUCAAUUAUCACAGAAGAGCUUCACGAUAAUUUAUUUUAUUGAGUGUCACAUUCUUGAUUUCAACAUUAGAUUUCUUCAUCUCUUUGUUCUCUACAUUAAUUAUCAUAGAAGAGCUUCACGAUAAUUUAUUUUACUGAGUGUCACAUUCUUGAUUUCAACAUUAGAUUUCUUCAGCUCUUUGUUCUCUACAUCAAUUAUCAUAGAAGAGCUUCACGAUAAUUUAUUUUACUGAGUGUCACAUUCUUGAUAUCAACAUUAGAUUUCUUCAGCUCUUUGUUCUCUACAUCAAUUAUCAUAGAAGAGCUUCACGAUAAUUUAUUUUACUGAGUGUCACAUUCUUGAUUUCAAAUAGAAAUAUAAUAUAUUUUGGAUGAAAGGAUUCAGUUUUCUAUCACAUUCGAAUCAAACGAAGAGGAAAUCUAAUUGAUUCUAGUAGAAUUGAUUUAAAAUUCCAUAUUCCACUAGGGUUUCUGAAAACAACUUCACUUUGAGAAUCAGACGUUUUUAUUGAAGAAUGUACGAAAUCAAUCAUAGUUAAUGUUGAAUUACAUGACUAUCAAGAAUUCAGUGGCUUAGCGUGUAUGUAAAUAAGAUUUUAUAACCAAUUACUGUUUCAAUAAUUAUAGAUAUUUAUACAGUGUUGAGAACUGAUGGCUCUACUAAACAGCUUUCUGAGCGACAGAGUUUAUAGAAAGCUAGGAUUUCACAACCCAACAAAACUCGAGAUGAUUUCUCCUAGAAUUGAUAUUCUGAGAACCAAGUACUGUAUGUCAUUCAAUAACCAAUAUUUUUAAGUACAUUUAUGUAUCCUGAAAAUGUCAUCAAUUCAUUUUCUAUCAAUUCUUGUUUGACACAUUUUAAAGAUAUCUAAUUCAAGUGCUCAUCUCGAAAAGUGAAAAUUAACAUAAAAAGCUUUUUCUUGAAAAUGUAUCUCAUUUUGGUAACUUAGUUUCGAAAUCGGAAAAAAUUGAAAGAUGUCACCAGUAGAACCUCAAAUAAGUAGCAGUUGAACUACGACUACAUUCAUGAGUUAUGUUUGUACACUACUUAAGACUCGAGAGAGAUAGAUUUGUUUCUUCGAACUUUGUGCGGAAGAUAAGUUACAUUUGAUUAUUUUGUUAUUUAUCGAGAAAAAUCUGAUUGAGCUUUGAGAGAAGAUAUCAACUUAUUCAGUUUCAACUAGUUAAAUAAUUGUUUAAACUGAUUAGCCUAUUAGUUCAUCACAAAUCAAUAUUUUACUAGAACAUUUAAGAGCAUAUUAUUCAAUUGUAAAUACUGAUAAAUAGAUAAAUAAUUUUCUAU